GACGAUGCUUAAGGUACAAGGAAAACCAUUUCCUGGGACAUCUGAAUUGUAAUUCAAGCUUGAGUUACUGACGACAGUGAAGGGGCAAACAUGCUUAACUCCGCCAGUGAAGUGGGGUUUUCGGAAGAAAAAACUACCGAGGAGAUCUCCCAACUCUCUUCUCUGGCACUGUCAGGGGACACAGCGUACAGCGAAAAAACCUCAACUGGUUUGCCCGAAAAAACUGGCUAUCCGGACUCCGUUUACAUUAUGGCAGCGAACAUUUUUCAGGGCAUUCGAUUCGAAAAGUCACCAGAGAAAGUCUUAAUAAAGUAUGGGAAUGAGCCCCUGCCGUCCUCCACCGAGUCUGAGGAUGAAUCCUUUCAGCGUUUGUCCUAUGAGCUGGCUUUCAGUGCCCUGAAGUUUCAAGAUAUUUUGGAAACUAUAUUAAUAGACAGCUAUAUCUUCCCAAGCACCACAAUACCAGAUCAUUUGAACAGUCUUAUCAUUGUGAUGCUGUAUGAUUUCCAAGAUAGAAAAUUUCAAGCUCGUCUCCUUUCUGAUAAUGAAGAGUCUAUAGCGGAUGUUCUAGAAGUAGAGAACCUUCUUAACAGUUUUAAGACAAAAUUGGCUGCGGCAUUGGCAAGAUGUCGAAUCAAACAUGAUGCCCUUUCAAUUUACCACAUUCUUCCAGAAACAGUUAGGAACCAGGAACUAAGGGCCUCAACUUUGCCACUUUAUGCUUGGAUAAAUACUUGUAAAAUCAGCCCUGAAGAAGUUUAUCAUAGUUUGAAGAAAAAAGGCUAUAAUAAAGUCAAAUCUGUGUUGCAUAUUGAUAAUAAAGUCUUUGCUGUGGAUCAACAUUGCUAUGAUGUCUUAAUUUUUCCAUCUCAUCUUAAAAGUGAUCUUCUAAAUAUAGAUCUUUUCAAAGAUUAUAAACUUGUAUUUCAGGACAAAUCUCGAAGUCUCGCUGUCCAUUCUGUAAAGGCUUUAUUAAAUAUGGAUGAUGAUAUCUUAAUGGUCAAUACAGGUUCGUGGUACACAGUUGCCCAUAUGUCAAUCUUAACAAAUAAUAAUACCUCAAAAAUAUUUGUGUGUGGAGUACAAUCACAAGCUAAGGAUCCUGACCUGAAGAACCUUUUCACAAAAAUGGGAUGUAAAAAUAUUGAAAUACUUCAUGAGACAUUUAUUAAUCUUGAAUCAAAGGAUCAUAGGUUACAGAAAGUUAAAGUGAUUCUGCUGCUACCUCGUUGUUCAGGACUGGGUGUUAGCAAUCCAGUAGAAUUUAUUUUAAAUGAGCAUGAAGAUACAGGUUUACUUAAAGAUUUCUCUCAAGGAGGCCCGUCAGAAGAUAAACUUCAUAUUCUUGCUCAACAGCAAUAUGAACAGCUAACACAUGCAAUGAAAUUUACUAGAGCUCAAGCAGUUGUUUACUGCACAUGUUCAGUUUAUCCAGAAGAAAAUGAAGCUGUUGUUAAGAAAGCACUGGAAUUUCAAGACCACGGGACUAAAGUACAAUCUUAUAGGCUUAGUCCCCCUGUCCUUCCACUGUGCUCCUUAAAGGAAAUACAUUUGUCCACUGACAAAUUUUUCAGAAUGGAACCAUCUGAAAUUACCAAUGGUUGUUUUCUUUCUGUUCUCACAAGGGAGCGGGACCCAUCUGAGACAGUGUCUGUGAAAGAUGUUUUGGCCCGUGCUGCAGCAAAGGGUCUACUGGAUGGGAUCGAGUUGGGUAAACCUUCAAAACGGGAGAAGAAGAAGAAAAAAUCAAAAAUGUCAUUGCCAAAAUCUUCCACUUCUGAUAGUAGCAGCAUCCAGAUGAAAAUUGCUGAGUUCCUGAGUCAAGAAACUAAUGCAAGUGCUCAUCAGUCAGAGACAUUAACAACAAAAACAUCUCCUCCACAGAAGAAUACAAAUCAAGUGGGUUCUUCCUCACAGGUCAGAAAAUCCAACAAGCCCACCACCAAUCCUUUAGUGCCUACAUUUAUGAAGAACACAUCUCCCUCCAGACCAUACGAACGGCCGACAAACUUUGUAAGACCUCGCCCAGAAGACAGAAUGAUUGCACUGAAACCUAUAGAGAUUGUUUUGCCUCCAGUAAUGUUGCCAUUUUCUAGUCCCCAAGGGAUCAGAUCUCAGAUACCAACUCAACAUUUUUACUAUCGUCGGGUUGGGCCCAAGACUGUCAUGCCUGGCUAUCUUCCCACACCAUCAAUACCAAGAAGAGGGGAAAAACCUAAAGAAAACUUACCUUCCUCUCUACCCAGGCAUCCUCGACCAUGGCUUUGACUGUCUUGUGUUU